CCGGGGCCGAGCGGGGACCGACUGCGCUGCAGGGACCGCGGGCAGCCCGGGACCGACACCCUCCGGGAGCCGAUCCCUGAGAUACCCCCGACCCCCCGGGACCUCCCCUGGGCCGCUGUCCCCUCUCAGACGCUCCCCUGGAUCCUCCUGCCACGCCCGCCCCCUCCCCGCCCCGAGCCUCCUGCCCCUCACACGGGGGUCCUUCCCACCGGGAAUUCACUUCUGACUCUCCCUGGGUUCCCCCGGUACCCUGCUGCCUCCAGAUCCAUGCCGAGGGGACCCUUCACUCUCUCUCAGCCCCCUGCCCCCUCCUCUUGUCCUUAACCCUCCCAGCACAGCCCCAGAUCCUCUCUCCCACCUCGUCCCGCUGGCAGUGCCCGGCCUGGAAGGAUGAAGAGAUAAAAAACAAGAAAGAAGAGUAUGUAAAAGCAGCAGCAGGGGGACCUCGAUGUGCUUCAACAGUCUCACCUCGUGUAAGAGAUGUUGUGUCCUUUUUAGACCUCAAAACACUCAACUCACAAGUGCUUAAUUGAGGCCAUGGCAACAGGGGAUGCAGCUGUAUUCCAAGUACCAUCUCAGGAUGUGAAACAAAGAAACAAGCUCUUGGUGAAGGGCAUAGCAACUCGAGAGAAGGCAACGAUCACAUUAGAUGCCACGAAGAUGUUAGAUCCAUGUCGGUUAAAACCCGAUAGCAUGGAGACAAAAAGAAUCAUAACUGUCUUGGAUGAGACGAUUGCCAAGCUGGAGAUGAGCAGUUUGAUCCCACAUAUUAUUGACUCUCUGGAUAGGUUUGCUGAUAUGCUAGGUCCUGAGAUCACAACCAACCUGAUUCAGCACCAAAAGCUUUCAAAUGAAAUGGAGCACCUGCUUGCCAGCUCUGAAGAAGAGGACACCAUGAGAGCUGAGGAACAACAGGGCCGUCUGUGCUUGCUAGAGCAACGUCUGAAAUGUUCCGUUAGAAAUGUCUUGAGACUCUUACUGGCCAACUCCUCGAUUUGCCAGGCUCUGAAAUGUGAAGCCUGGGUGAAAGAGUCACCAGCUGAAGUGUUUAUCAAAGCCUUUGGGGAGUUCCGGAAUUUCAUGCUUGAGAGACUCCUGACUGAUCCUGUGGAAGAGGAAGAAAAGGUUCAGAUCAUGGAAGACCUCUCCCUCCAGAUUGAGAAAAACACUGAAUCAAUCACAGCUUUACAGGCAGAACUGGCAGCAGCAAUUCGGACUCAAGCGGAGGAGAUUCAGAAGAAGGACAACGAGAUCAAAGACCUCAAAACCAGCAUGCAAGAUCUGGCUGAAGACUGCAAGGCCAGCAUCCAACAGAUCAAGCAGGAAGGAGAAAAACGGCAAAAUGAGGAGCUGCAAGCCUCCCAGGCCAAGUAUGCCAGGCUACAGCAGGACAUUCAGCAGCUAGAAGCACAACUCAAUGCACUUAUAGUGGAGCAUCGAGCAUCAGAGCUGGCUCUCAGAAAGAGGAAGAACAGAAUGGAGAUGGAAAUUGUGAACUGGAUCCAGAAAUAUGACACAGACAUGGGAGAAAAACAGGCUGAGUAUGAAGAGGUUCAUGCUGCCUAUGCUGAGGAGAAGGCCCAGCUGUCCCUGCUGACAGAGAAACGUGCUGUACUUCUCCAGGAGUAUUCUCAGAUUGCGGAAGAGCGCCAGAUACGUCAGGAGAAGGAGGAGCAGGCUUUGAAGGAGCUGAACAUCUUGACGCUUGCUGCCACCCGCAUCCAGGCCUUCUGGAGAGGCUACUUGGUCCGGUCCCUCUUCAAGUCAAAAAGGAAGAAGAAGAAGAAGGGCAAGGGCAAGAAGGCCAAGAAAUAAAGCACAAAAUCAAUUCUCUCUCCUCCUGGCAAAGCUGCUGACUCUGCUUCGACUGAGAUCUUCCAGAUAAAAGCACUAAAUUUGAGAGAAAAUUUGCAUUAAGGACUCCAGGCCUGCGGCUGUCUCUCAUAGUUGGAGUAUUCACAUUGUUGUAGUUUCACAUUGGCGUGAAGACUGUUCUACCAUUUUAGGUUUGGCCUUGCCAACUCUGCCAGGAGGAGGAUGUCUCCUGAGGGAAGGACUGGGCCAGGAGUGCAGGUUCCUGGCUUGUCUCCUUGGCUUUACUCUCCUUGCUUCUACCUUGCUUGUGUGUCAGGGCCCCAUUCUGUUCUUACUGAAGUUGGCAAUAAAAUCGUUCCCGGGGGCCUUCCCGAGGCCCUUCCUCUGACA